GUGUGUUAUUUGUAUAUUCGAUGUACACUUCAAAUAUUAUAGUUUUGAUGAUAUAAAUCUUUCAUUAACGAAAACACCAAAACGUUGUAUUCAAAACAAACCAACUAAAACGUAUAUUCACUUAAUUUAAGAUUGAAAAUCAUAAACUUCAAUUAUCGAUUUAAAAAUUAACAUUUUGGUAUAAAAAGAAGAAAGAAACAGAAAUAAUUGUUAAGUGAAAUUUUGAGUCACCAAUUUAAAAAAUCUAAGUAUUAAUCUUUCAUUUCAAUUUCUUACUCUCGAAAAAAGUUGUCUCGCUGCUGACAUCAAUCAAUGAUAGAUCCUUAUUAAAAUAUUAUCAAUUGAUCAUUUUGAUUUCUAUCCCAUAAAUCUGUGUGGUUGUUACAUAAUAAUAAAGGUUUCAUUAAAUACACUUGGCUGUCAUCAAUUAUUUGCAACUCUCCGUUCAUUAAUUCGUUAACUCUUUUUUAUCAUUUACUAAGAUUCCGUUACUUCAUUGGUUAAUUAGUGCUCAAGUGGUUAUCAAGGUUGACUAAUCAUGGACUUGUCAUUGGUGCCCGGCUCUCACGAGUUCUCUUCGUUCACCAAUGCGACUCGAGUGACUCCGAGAGAGAAACAGCCGAAGAGUUACAUGUUCAUACUCGACACUCCAGACCAGUCGGAGCACGAAGGAUCAGUCAAGGACUCUGACGCUGACUUGAGCGAGACCCAAAAGCAGGCCCAGCAGAUGAUCCAGCAGUGGAGUGAGGCCCAGUUCGAGAUAGACCAGAGAGACAGGGGCAAAAAGAGGGGGGAGUUGGUGGACAGGUAUCACAGACAGUACUUGGAGGCACUGCAGAAACAGGAAGCUAGAGAAGCCAUCAAUCCCGUCAUUGAAUGCGAACAUUGCGUGGAAGAGCUCAAAUCCGACAGGCCGAAAGAGUACUUAGCCGACUACUUGGACAUGAUCAAACAGGACAACGCAGGAACUAAGAGCCAAUCAGAGAAGAGCAAAGCGGAGGAUGUGAAAUCAUUAGAUGAGAUCACGUGUCAUAUGCAGGCUACAAUUGAGGAACAUGAAGACAAGUUGAGGCAGCUGGAACAAAGGCUGAAGGAACUCAGUGCUGGGCGGGAUCAAUCGUACGAAAUUGAGCAGAAUCUAGGUGCUGAAAAUGCUACGUUUGACGUCAGCAACAGCUACUCGUCUCUUUCGAAAGUGAAUUCCCAGAAAUAUGGACCAUCAUCCCGGUCCAAUCAACUGUCAAAAGGUCCUACUAACUUCCAACACAUCUCAGCAGAAAGCCAACAGGGGUUAUCACUUGACCUUGAAAAAGGGGAGGAGUCAAACAGGUUCUUGGUGACAGAUGAUUGGCUGAAAUUUGGGGUCGCAGAUACAGAAGAACAACAACUAGAAAUUGACGAGAGGGACUUUCGAGAUGCUGAUAUCGAUGAAGAAAUCCCUCGACUGAGAAAUGUCUUUCUGUCCAAAUUAGUUUGGGACGACGAUGGAGACCUCGCUAAACGUGUGGACCGACAGUUGAUUCAAUACCAGCGCAUGGCAUACAAGCCCAGAAACAGAUGGUCUCACAAAAUCACCGUCCCGCAGCCAUUCGAAAUGACAAUUAGAGAGUAUACGAGACCUAAGAGUGAAUCAUACUCUUCGAAGAGGAUUGCAAAACUUCUAGAAGAACGAAAAGAAGAAGAAAGAAGCCUAGGAGUUAAGGCAUUAGAAAUUCCAAAAAGCACUACUCAGCCAAAAUUUCAACGAAUCAUGAGCCAGAAGAAGAAGCGAAGCAUUGAGAUAAGGGAGAAGAGUCGAGAGAACUUGAUACGCGACCAGAGACCAUUCUCAUUCUACAACCGAUCAGAAUAUUCAAAAUCUGCUGACUGCUCGAACAGACAUUGCAAAUGUUUAGAGCCUGCGGAUGAUUCAUACCUGUAAAAAGUCACAUUUACUAAUUUACCUUUUAUCUUUGGAAAA